AUGAAGAGUUUUACUAAUCAGAUAUCACAUUCACUAUAUUACAAGUUGAAGAUUACAACCCAGGAUUCAAUAAAUGUUAUAGAACAAACAAUAGAUGAAAUGACAUGGAGGCAAUUUAUAAAUAAUGCAUUGAGUAAAGGACAUGGUAUUUUUGGAGAGAGUAUCGAUUACGAGUUUUUAAAUAUAUCGGACCGAAUUGCAUUUGUCAGAGUUGGUUCUCACGAUCAUCAUACUUUUACUUCAGCAUUAACAACGUACGUUUCCGGUGAUGAAUUAUUGGGAUUUCCAUUGGUUGUAGAAAUCAUCCAAGAAACUGUUAAUCCAACUAAGCUGUCGAUUACUGAUGAUGAUAAGAUAUGGUUGAAAAGUUAUAUUGAAAGCGCACAAGAAGACCUCAAAUGCUAA